AUGCGGAUUGUCAGCGCGACGGUCACAGUCGUGAUCAGUGCCCAUGCCUUGCUUCGCAGUCCAAAGCCAUGGACAGCAGGACGGCGAGGAGCGCAUGAGGGCAUGUCCAGCCCGAGUGCGACACGGGUGAGCGUGAACGACGGUUGCAAUCGGUCUUGGCCGUCUCUCGUCGCACGCCUCGUCAUUUGUAGUAUCCACGUAGUCAACAUCUCACCUGCGUCUCGGUACGCUCUGGUCAUCCACACAUCUAACGAGGUCGACAGCAUCCCCGACAUGAUCAAGAAGAUUGUGCGCAGAGAUGGCCCUAGUCGACACGAUACCAUGAAGGAUCGGGCAGCAAGUGGUUAG